AUGGACAGGCUAACUUCCUCAUUCUUGCUGCUGCUUGUGCCUGCAUAUGUCCUGUCCCAGGUUACCCUGAAAGAGUCUGGCCCUGGGAUCUUGCAGCCCUCCCAGAUCCUUAGUCUGACCUGCACUUUCUCUGGAUUUUCACUGAGCACUUCUGGUAUAGGUGUGGGCUGGAUCCGUCAUCCCUCAGGGAAGGGUCUGGAGUGGCUGGCAGACAUAUGGUGGAAUGAUGAUAAGUACUACAAACCAUCCCUGAAGAGCCGGCUCACAAUCUCUAAGGAUACCUCCAAAAACCAAGUAUUCCUCAAGAUCACCAGUGUGUACACUGCAGACACUGCCCCCUACUCCUGUGUCCACUCCCAGGUCCAGCUGCAGCAGUCUGGGGCCGAACUUGUGAGACCUGGGUCUUCAGUGAAGUUGUCCUGCAAGGCUUCUGGCUACACCUUCAUAGAAUACUAUAUGAGCUGGGUGAAGCAGAAGCCAGAUCGGGGACUGGAGUGGAUUGGAUGGAUUUAUCCUGAAUAUGGCAGUACUAGCUACAAUCAGAAGUUCCAGGGCAAGGCCACACUGACUGCAGACAAAUCCUCCAGCACAGCCUACAUGGAGCUCAGCAGCCUGACAUCUGAGGACUCUGCGGUCUAUUAUUGUGCAAGACACACAGUGCUGCAACCACAUCCUGAGUGUGUCAGAAACCUUGGAGAAGCAGGAAGCUGCUCUGAUGUCCACUCUCAGGUCCAGCUGCAGCAGUCUAAGGCUGAGCUGGGUAGACCUGGGUCCUCAGUGAAGUUGUCCUGCAAGGCUUCUGGCUACACCUUCACCAGCUAUACUAUGUACUGGGUGAAGCAGAGGCCUGGACAAGGCAUGGAAUGGAUUGGGUGGAAUAAUCCUUCAAGUGGUGGUACUGGCUACAAUCAGAAGUUCAAGGGCAAGGCCACACUGACUGCAGACAAAUCCUCCAGCACAGCCUAUAUGGAACUCAGCAGUCUGACAUCUGAGGACUCUGCUGUCUAUUACUGUACAAGACACAGUGCUGCAACCACAUCCUGA